AUGGCACCCUCUAUCAUUGAAGGACCAGUGAAUGGGGUCAUCGCACCUCUGAAGACUGCUGGAGCAAACACCACUGUGCCUCAAGUGAGGAGGAUUAUUGACGAAGAGGGUGGAAAGACUACUGCAAGCUAUCCAGCGUACCUCCCAACCUUUGACUACGCCGAGAAGUACCCUCCCCUCGAGCCAUUCGCGCACACCGAACACGGGAAGAACGCGGAUCCCUCCUUCAAAGACCUGUUGGUCGAAGGCUCCAAGAUUCACAAGGUCACACCGACCAUCGGCUCGGAAGUUACUGGAGUACAGCUCAGCGGUCUCACCUCUGCUGGAAAGGACCAGCUCGCUCUUCUGGUCGCUCAACGUAAAGUCGUUGCCUUCAGAGAUCAAGACUUUGCCGACCUGCCGAUCGCAGAUGCCUUGGAAUUCGGCGGAUACUUUGGUCGCCAUCAUAUUCACCCUACCAGCGGGGCACCGGAGGGAUACCCCGAAAUCCACUUGGUUCAUCGGAAUAAUCAGGAAUUGAAGUAUGACGAUGUCAAUAGCACUGCGGCGUGGCAUUCAGAUGUGACGUACGAGCAACAGCCACCCGGCACCACAUUCCUAUACAUCCUUGACGGCCCCGAAGUUGGCGGCGAUACCGUCUUCGUGGAUCAAGUCGAGGCAUAUAACCGACUUUCACCGCCGAUUCAAGAGCUGCUCCAUGGACUCAAAGCGGUGCACUCUGGUUUCGAGCAAGCUGAGUUCAGCCUGAAACGUGGAGGUGUGGUGAGGCGGGAGCCGGUGAAGAAUGAGCAUCCUUUGGUUCGGACUCACCCGGUAACAGGAGAGAAGGCGCUCUUUGUGAAUGGAGGAUUCACACGCAGCAUCGUAGGACUGAAGAGGGAAGAGAGUGAUGUCCUCUUGAAUUUCUUGCUGGCUCAUGUCAGCCGUGGCAUCGACUAUCAAUCUCGGAUCCGUUGGGCUCCCAAGACCGUGGUUGUUUGGGAUGUGAGUUUUUGUAUCCACAGCUUGGAUUUUCCACCGCUAACAUAUGAACAGAACCGAGUGACUGCUCAUUCUGCAGUUGUUGAUUGGAUAACGGGUGAGCGUCGGCAUCUCGCGCGUAUCACCCCACAGGCUGAGCGCCCGUUCGAAACGCCGUAUGUCAAGCAAGAAGAGGGAGAGAAACAUUAG